GUUCCGAGGCAUCAUCGGCAACACUUUACGUUAUAGUGUCGUGUGAAGCAGUGCGGUGCCGUACGCUGAUGCUGCCGUAAACGUCGUCGGUUAAAGUUUGUGAUCUCUCUCUCUCUCUCUCUUUCGUGCGUGUCCGAUCCCGUCCGGGAGUUUGACCGAGUCCCAAACGCGUCCUAGGUAUACACGACACCGGUAAAGUGCGCCUCCACACAGUGCACAAAACGGUCCGCCUGCCGCAGUCUGUCCCACCCGUCAAUCAAACCUGCGCGCGAUCAACUUCAGCUUGGCAUCAGCAGCAUGAACGAGUGGAACGAGCUGCUGAAGGCGGAACUAUUACCACCGUCCGGUAGCUACCGGGCGGAUGGUGAUGGACCGGGCAGCAUGAAGUGUGGCCUGCUGCGGUCAACUGUUGUGUCCUCCUCCUUCGUACAGCCACUGGACGAUCAUGGGCUCUAUCAUCGGCACCCGCAGAAGGGCAUUGCCAACCCGCCUAUUUUAGAGGAUGCUACAGAAAAACACGGUUCAUCCUCGGAACUCACACCGGCGGGAUGGCGCGAGAAAGUAGUCGCCUACGAUGAGGCACCGGAACAUUUGCGGUUCAAUCCGUUCAUACGCACCGGGUACCGUACGUAUCUGUCCGCACGCCUCUGUCUGGAAAGUAUGUUCUGGUGGACGAACGAGACGGUUAACAUCUGGAGUCACAUACUCGGGCUGUGCGUGUUCCUUAUCCUUGCGUACUAUGAUACCGCCAUGCUACAGAUACAGGCCACUACAGUCGAUAAGGUGAUCGUCGGGAUGCUGCUGCUCAGCUUUCAGCUCUGUAUGAUCUUCUCGUCGAUAUAUCACACAUUCUCGUGUCACUCGGCGGACAGUUACGAUCGGCUGCUCGCGUUCGAUCUGUUCGGCAUCGCGCUGUCGCUGUUGGCUAUCUUCAUGAGCGGUAUCUACUACGCAUUCUGGUGCAAUCAGCCUUUGCGCGACUUCUACAUGAUUACGAUCGGGGUCAUCUUUGCCGCGGCCAUGGCCCUGCAGAUCCCACAGCUGAACGUGCACUCGAACGUGAAAAUGUUGGCCUUUGUUGCAUGGGCCGCGUACGGUGUCGUACCCACGCUGCACUGGUACUUCGUUAUGGGUGGUACCGAGAGUACGAUGGUGAAGAUCUUUAUCCCACGCGUUGCCGUAAUGUACGCACUGUCCGGCUUCGCUUUUUUGAUAUACGUUGCCAAAAUACCGGAACGUUGGUGCAUCGGUUGGUUUGACUGCAUUGGACAUUCGCACAACUUGUGGCAUUUAAUCGUCCUAGCGGCAUUAUGCUAUUGGCACAACAGCGGCAUGAAGUAUGUAGAGUUCCGGAUGACGCAUGGAUGCUCUGCCGGUGUCCAGUACGCGUAGUGGAGUGUGGCCUGCCAUCAAUUAUGCCGUGUCUUGAUGCGCUUCGCGGACUGCGAGAGUGUAGUGAAGGCGCACACCAAAACAGUACAGAAGAUGCUUUGCGGUGCGUGUGUGUGUGUGAGCAGCGAUAUCUGAAGGAGUUGGCGAUAUGCCAUAUGCCAGUCUCCAGCAUUCCAGCAUUGCAGCAGGUGGAGAAGACGCAGACCGAUAUGUUUAACCUUACUACUAGGCUGCUCUAGAGGAGGCGCUAGAGUGAUCGCAUCUAGUACAACCGAGAGAUAACCGAGGCUAUCCUGUCGCUUCUCCACCAUCACCAAGGUGGCAAACCUUGGAUGGCAGCAGUUCGAGCAGUUCGACCGGGCAAUUCGAGCAGUUGCACUAACUUCAACGAUCCUCUAUAUCCUCUAUAGCCCAAAAAAACGGGUUACAUCACCUCACCGGGGCUUCGUGUAGCUGCUACAACCCCACCGAAGCACCGCUGCAAGGGGGAACAACUGGAAGGAUGAAAAAGGGGUUGUUGUGGAACGGAUUGCGGGACGGCCAUGGAUGCUGCCUGAAGAAACGUUUUUCUAAGUUUUUAUGUUUUGUUUCUGUUUCUCGCGAAAACAGAUAUGGAAUGUGUAUUUAAGCAGUAGAGAGUAUAGAUCGGUAAUUUGUUGCGUUUCGCGGCGCUCGAAAGAUAUUGACUACGUACAGAUUUAACGGACAGGUUUUUUCGAAGCAAACAUUCUAUCGCACACACUCGUAGAGACUGAGCAGAGGACAAUAAGCAAAAAAAAAGGAAGGAUCGUUUGCCUUUCUGCGAAAGGCUAAGCAUGCAAAACCCAAGCAGCAUUCCAUCGAGAGUACCGUAUUACCGAGAGGACCGAGUAAGAGAAUAAAAGCAGCAUCGUGAUAUGAACGCAGUAAACAUGUAAACCAAACGGAACGGAAAUUUAAUAACUAACACACACACAGUGGAAAUAAGUGUGUGAGGGCAGACUGCUCGAAAUCAGUUCGCAAGGGAGAGGGGGGAGGGGGGGAUAUAGUGUUUAAUUGUACAUUUUUAGAGUUUUAGUAGGUUAGACUUUAAGAGCAUCGAACAACACAGAUGUACAUGCAGAAAAUAAACGAUCUUCUUUUUUUUGUUCUUAGAAUGAAACAAAAACGAAACAACACGCACACAAGUAUGCCAAAGUCAGUGGCUGAACAGGAUUGCUCAAUUAUCCUUAGUAUGACGUUAGGUUCCAAGGCGAAAAGCGAUAAACACACGUGAGGCUAUGAGCAAGAUUUUCGGAAGUAGGAGGAAAAGUGAAUGAUCGAGUGUGUAUGUGAGUGUCUAAGUGAACACCAAAUUCAAGGACUGUUCUUGGUCUCGUUCGUCCAACCUAUGUACACAGCGUGUUAUAGCUUUUAUACUGCAAAACAACCCCUAGAGAGAAGAAAUUAAAAGUUUAAAAAUGUUGUGCCGAAA